AUGGACCCAUCAUAUCGAACAUUACGAACUGUUGAAUUGCAGAAACGAAGGGUAACUCAAUCGAAGAAUGUGUCAAACUUAUCUGAACGGAAGCUCGCAAGUGUGUAUGCGCCAAAAGACUUCGAUGAAGAUUCAACGAUCGUAGUUUGUAACUUUCCCCAAAAGACCACGAUAAAUGAUUGCAAGAAUUUUAUGCAAUGGAUUGGGCCAGUUAUAAAAGUUGAAAAAAUACCAUCUUUUAUGCAAGAGAAUAAUUAUCUCGUUGUGUUUUGUAACCCAUACUUUGCUAAGGCAGCACUUGAAACACAACUUAUAUAUGAAAAUAAAACCAGGCUUUUUAUUAGAUCGGUGGAAAAGAGAGAAACUCUUUGGAAAAACAUAAACGACAUGAUCUCAACGAAUAUUGGAUUUUUCUCAUAA